AUGGGCCUGAAGCUGCGACUCAUCUCGCUGCUGCCGCUGCUGCUGCUCGCCGGUUCGAGCUUGGCUGUCCACGACGAGCCGACCGAGCUCGAGAUGACGGCGCUUCCGAUUGACGACGCAUCCGAGUCGGCUGUUGAUCGCAACCAGAAAGCCGUUCCCCUGAACCCAGAAUCUGCCGGAGAGGGCGCCGUGCACAGCCCGAUCGUCAACCAGCAAAUGAUCCAGUGGGGCGAACACCUCGCCCAGGUGUCCUCCGACGAGGACAAGCAGCUCCUCGCCAAGCUCAUCAACCGCGACCCCAGCAUCCUGGACCGCAAUGGAAUGUUCGACCUGCUGAAGGACUGGCUCCGCGAGCGCAACAUCGUCACCGAGCUCCCGCCCGUGCUGCGUGACGUGCUCCAGAUCAAGGACCCCCACUGUCAAUUCUCAGAUACCGAGGUUCGUCCCGUCUCCGCUGCCGUGGCCAACGUACUGCUCAAGCUCAACAAAGGCAACCGCCAGUGGAUGAACCUCGGAGAGAACGACCGCCAGCACUUCUUCGAGAAGGUGGCCACCAACGUCGUCAGCAUGGCCAUCAAGUCCCUCGCCGAGGCGAAGAGGCGCAGUCUCGAGGAGGUCAGAAAGGUGCUGAAGGAGUCGAUCGUCGCCCUCGAGAUGUACAUGCUCCAAGACGAGAACCCUGGCUACCUGGCCUUUGAGAAGAAGAGGCAGGUGGCCGAGGAGUUGGCCAAGAUCGCGCGCGAGGGCAAGGUGCGGACGCUGGAUGACGCGUUCUUCGUGGCCGACGGGCUCGUCUCCCGCAUCACCGACGAGCUGCCGGAGGGCAAC